AUCUUCUUGGCUGAUGAAUACAAGGAGAGCUUCGAUUCUAUCUUCAAGAGAAAUUUGAUUCCAAGUGAACCCAGCUUCUACGUCAACAUUCCUAGUCAUCCCGACCCAACAGCUGCCCCUGAAGGCAAGGAAACACUCGUCGUGCUGGUGCCGGUGAGACAUCUCCUCGGAGACCAUGAGAACACCGCGCAAGGCAUCAAACCAGUCGAAACCAAAGACUGGCCCAAGAUGAUCGAACUGGCACGCAAGACGAUUCUCAGCACCAUCGCUAAAUGCACAGGCGUUGAUAUCGCUCCUCUGAUUGUUCAUGAGAUUACCAACGAGCGCAUCACAUCUCGCCAGCACAGCAGGUCAGGCACGCAUGGCUUAAGCUCUAUCUCCUUCAUCCUAUCAUCCGUAACCUCAAAAUCAUGUCGUAGGCUUUCUUCUAGCGCUCAUCUUGUCUAA